CGCUUGAGGAAAGUACACUACAAUAGUAGACACGUGGACAAGUGCCCCGUCCACACCGAGUUGCUUUUCGGGCCUCAAAUCACCUCUUUUCUCUGCCCAGUCUGCAGCUCUCAUGACGUCCUUGGGAACCAGCAACCAGACCGUCACUGAGUAUGUAGUCCGGAUUCCCAAAAACACCCCAAAGAAGUAUAACAUCAUGGCUUUCAACGCCGCAGACAAGGUCAACUUUACCGCCUGGCACCAGGCCAAGAUGGAACGAGACCUGAGUAACAAAAAAAUAUAUCAGGAAGAGGAGCUGCCUGAGUCCGGGGCCGGCAGUGAAUUCAACCGCAAGCUUCGCGAAGAGGCGCGGCGGAAAAAGUACGGCAUCGUGCUCAAAGAGUUCAAGGCUGAGGACCAGCCCUGGUUGCUCAAAGUUAAUGGCAAAGCUGGCAGGAAGUUCAAGGGGGUGAAGAAGGGUGGGGUGACCGAGAAUGCCUCCUACUAUAUCUUCACCCAGUGUCCCGAUGGUGCCUUUGAGGCUUUCCCGGUCCACAACUGGUACAACUUCACCCCACUGGCCCGGCAUCGCACACUCACUGCUGAGGAGGCCGAAGAGGAGUGGGAGAGGAGAAACAAAGUACUGAACCACUUUAGCAUCAUGCAGCAGCGGCGGCUGAAGGACCAGGACGACGAAGAGGAGGAAGAAGAGGACAAAGAGAAGAAAGGGCGCAAGAAGCCCAGCGAGCUGCGCAUCCAUGACCUGGAGGACGACCUGGAGAUGAGCUCGGAUAACAGCGAAAACAGCGAAGGGGAAGGGGAGAAGAUUGUCCAUGACAAGAAGAAGGGGGCGCCCCCCAAACGGAAGAAGAAGAAGAAGAAGGGCUCAGAUGAUGAAGCUUUUGAGGAGAGUGAUGAUGGGGACUUUGAGGGCCAGGAAGUGGAUUAUAUGUCAGAUGGCUCCAGCAGCUCACUGGAGGAGACUGUAGGCAAACCCAAGACAACCCAGCAGGAAGAGGAAGGCCCCAAAGGCGUCGACGAGGAGAGCGAGAGCAGCGAGGAGAGCGAGGAGGAGAAGCCGGCGGAGGAGGAGAAGGAGGAGGAGGAGGAGAAGAAGGCCCCCACUCCCCAGGAGAAGAGGAAGAGAAAAGACAGCAGCGAGGAAUCGGAGACUUCAGAGGAGAGCGAUAUCGACAGCGAAGCGUCUUCUGCCGUCUUCAUGAUGAAAAAGAAGACACCCCCAAAGAAAGAGCGGAGGCCGUCGGGCAGCAGCUCUCGUGGGGACAGUCGCCCGGGAACUCCCAUUAGCGACCUGGCCAACACCUCCUCCACCCUGCGGGCCGCCGCCUCCAAACUGGAGCAAGGGAAACGCCAAACGAACGACACCCCAGCCGCCAAGCGCCUGCGCCUGGACGCCGGGCCCCAGAGCACGUCGGGCAAGUCCACCCCGCAACCACAGUCUGGGAAGUCCACCCCCAGCAGCGGGGACGUGCAGCUGACAGAGGAGGCCGUGCGGCGCUACCUGACCCGCAAGCCCAUGACCACCAAGGACCUGCUGAAGAAGUUCCAGACCAAGAAGACGGGGCUGAGCAGCGAGCAGACGGUCAACGUGCUGGCCCAGAUCCUCAAAAGGCUCAACCCUGAGCGCAAGAUGAUCAACGACAAGAUGCAUUUCUUCCUCAAGGAGUGAAUGGAGGCCCCAGCCCUCUCUUGAGUUGGGGUCUAUUGGUGGGAGGGUUGGGGGAGGAAACCCAAUUUCCAUUCCCUACUAGAGUAAAUGGAUUUGAUUUUU